AUGAACGGCAAGGCCAUGCCCGACACCAACUGGCGGUGGUUUCGAGUCUUUGCAAACCUGGCCCUCGUUCGCGUUUGCGGCGUUCCCCUACAAGAAGUUUCCACUGUGAUGGAAUCUGACUUUGCCAUAUUGGAUUCAUUCUAUCUUGAGGAUGGAUGGUCAGGUGACGGCCCAUGGUUGAGUGCCGAACAGGAAGAUCGACAAGCAACGGAGUAUGAACGGACAGGGAGAAGAGAUGCCAUUGGACCUGGGCGCCAAGUCGAUUACUACUCCGGAAGCUUUGCUAUUCAAUUUAGCCAGCUUCUCUACACUAAAUAUGCCAGAGAUAUCGAUCCUGAGCGAGUGGUCAAGUAUCAGCAACAGGCGAGAGACUUUGGAGCCAGUAUUUGGAGAUACUUUGACGCAGCUGGCUCCGCAAUUCCAUUCGGUCGAUCUCUGACCUACAGGUUUGCAUGCGGUGCCUUCUUUGCAGCUUUGGCUGUCGCCAAGGUUCCCGACAUGCCCUUCCCUUUAUCGGAACCUGGUUGGGUCAAAGGCUUCCUAUUCCGCCAUCUACACUGGUGGGCCAAGAACUCGGAAAACAUCUUCUACACGGACGGCACUAUGAACAUAGGCUGGCUGUAUCCACUAACCAUACUUAGCAACAUGUUUAUGUGCGAGGACUACAAUUCACCACAGUCGCCAUAUUGGUGCAUGAAAACCCUCAUCAUAGUGUCGCUGGGGCAGUCAGAUGAGUUCUGGACAGCUGAAGAACAGCCAUACCCAUCAUUAUUCCAGCCCACACUUGUCCCUGCACCAAAACAAAUCAUCAGCAAUCACCCGCUUGGCAACCACCACUUCUUUCUGUCCCCGGCCCAGUUUGUCGCCUGGCCGAUGAAGGCAUCGCAAGCCAAAUACUGCAAGUUUGAGUACUCAUCUGCUUUUCCCUUUUCCGUUCCCACGGGUCCAUUGAUCCAGCAAAUGGCUCCUGAUUGCACGCUGGCCCUGAGUCGUGAUGGAGCAGAGACUUGGGCUGUCAAGUGGAAGUGCUCGGAAGCAACAUUCCCUCAGGUGAGCCUGAAAGGGAAGGACGGCAUAGUCUCAAUUAUCGCCGCCUCCGUGCGUUGGUAUCCUUGGAGUGACCGGCAGGUUGAAGUUGAGACGAUGCUCAUUCCACCGACGAAUAGAUGGCCAGACUGGCAUGUUCGCGUCCAUCGAAUCCGCAUCCACAGCUCAUUGCGCACUUUGCAUACCAUUGAAGGUGGUUUUGCGUCGCCAUUGUGCUGCACAAAAGACGGCACCAAACUUCCCCGGAUGAAGGAUUUCAACAUGGAUACAGAAGGAAUCUUCGAAAAUCGGGACUCUGUUCUGAUCCACUCAGCUGCGGGAUGCAGUGGAAUUUCAGCAACACCACUUCAAGCAACAUCCCCAUGGAGUUCCAUAAGUUCAAAGGGUUUGCAGCCAGACACCAAUACGAACUUAGCCUAUCCAAGAACUGCGAUCCCAGUCGUCGACCGCAAUAUUGUUAAGGGUCUCGAGGCUGGUCAUGAAAUGAUUUUUGCUACGAGUAUAUUUGCUAUUGCAACUGCGGCAAAUGGUGGCAGAAUGAUUGAGGGUAAAUCCUUGACAGAAAGAUGGAGUGACAAACCUCUGGUUUUCACUGAGGUGCCUGAUUCUUCAACGCAAGAGAUGAAUUAUAUUCUUGUCAACAUGUAGUUGUGUGCC